GAGCCUCAACAGAUAGAGUCGUAGUUGUUGUACUUGAAUUGGAAUGGACGAGUUUAGUUUCUGACUCUGAGUGAUCACAGUGCCUUGCCUGGUCAGGAAAGGAGCACAAAAAUCACCCCGGUGUGUUGGAAGAAUCAUUUUCCUUGUGGCGUGAACCGAGCAGGGUGGUGUAGUAUUCUCUGUCAGCUCUUGGAAUGUUUCGGUUACUGAGAAGUUCAUUAGUUUCAAUAAUAUCAAACAUCAGUAGACCGUCACUAGCAUAAUGCCCAAGCGGGAAAAGAAAGGAAAAGCUUCAGCACCACGCAAACGCGGCGGGCGAACUCGAGAGAGAGAGGACGAUGUCUCUGACGAUGAUUGUAGCGUAGCUGGUAGUGUUGCAGUUGGCAACCUCGCUUCCCUGUCCUCUGACGAGGAAGUCAAUGGUGAUGAAGCAGGAGCAGAGCUGAUAGACGACACCAGAGGUAGAAUCAUUGAUUGUCUCGAGCAGACAGAGCACAAAAGCGGCAAGACGAAAGAAAACGGACUGUCCGGCCUAUGUCAAAUCCUCUCCAAGACAUUUACACCGGAUAAUGUCGAACCUAUGCAGGAGACGCUGCUAGCCACAGUUGUGCGCUUCUUAAAACGAGGCACUGAUGCAGAGAAAGUCUUGUCAGCUCGCCUGGCUGCCAUUCUGAUGCUGCAGCUGGGAUGUGCCGACGAGACCGAGCACUACGUAGACGAGCUGAGGCCUCUUCUUUCCAACAUACUCUCAGAUCCUAGCCGCAGCCAGUCAGCGCGUGCCAUGGCAUCUGUGACUCUGGCCCUGGGUAACUUCAUGGUCGGCGCAUUGCCGGACCACCUGGAGCUUGUUGACAGGUUCCGCACCGUGCUGGGUACGGCGACCACUCAGUCUCAGCAUGCCCUUGUCACUGCUAUCAUCUCGUCUUGGUCUGUUCUACUCACUGACAUGACGUCGCCGUUUGUCAUGAAUAACGCCGACGGCCUCAGUAGCAUGUUUGCUCGUCAUCUUGGCUCCAAAGACCCAGCAAGCAGAAGUGCUGCUGGUGAAGCAAUAGCGGUCACGUACGAGAUGGCCAGGAAAGUGGACCCUGAAUUCAACGGGGAGGACAUUGAGGAAGUGUUGGCGUCUGUAAAGGAGUUAGCACACGACCAUAGUCAUCAUCGCUCAAAAACAGAAUCAAAGGAAGGCCGGGCUCAGUUUCGUCCCGUUGUCAGCUACCUAGAGGACGGUCACCGGCCAGACGAGACUGUUGUUGUAUCCAAAAAGCAAGCGCUGAGGAUGACGUCUUGGUCUGAGAUCAAGCUGUUGUCUUUCUUCAAGUGCGUACUGGGCUCCGGCAUACAUGAGCACUUGCGGGAGAACGAGUUCAUUCGUGAUGUCUUCAAGCUCGGUGCUAGUCUUGGUCCAGAUGCAGACAGGGUGGCACAGACAUCAGAUGAGCGUGCUGCACUUAAACGUGGUUACAAUGCAAAGAAGAUGUUUCGACAGGUGGACCGUGCGGCGAUGCGGGACAAGCGAGCACAGUUCUAAAUUAUCUCACAGUGGGUGGAUGGUUCCCAGUUUGCAAUGUGAACAUCUCCUGCAUCAAACUAGGUGAAGUUUUUUCUUUCUUUUCUUUUUUAGCUUUCUCUCUGUUGGCUCUUUUGGCUCAAUACGACACAUGACUAGUUUCAUAAGCCUCGACUAUCACGUCUCAUAGAUUCUUCACAGUUUUCUAGCCAGGUUGCCUGUUCAUCAACUUCUGAUCUGUGCAUCAUCUGCAUGCACUGGACUGGACGCCAUGCCACUGCCGUCCACUGUCAACUGUGCACUGUGCCCAGUACUAGCUGGUAUUUAUUACUGUUCUCUUGAUCAUCUUCAUCAUGAUAUUAUAUCUGGAUGUACGAGUACGGUACGACAAACCAUGGUUUUCUAUACUCUCUUGUCUUCCCCGGAGCUAUACUACGAAUGCGAUCAUCAACACUCUUUACCCCUGCCGCACACGCUGAGGAUGGCUCGGUCUGUGGGCAAGGAGUGUGUGCUGUGUGUACUACCACGGUUGCCACUCUCAGCAUACAGCCCAGCCGCCUUGACAAACAUUCUAAAACUCGUCCAAUAUGCUAGUCCAUUGAAAGGAGGUGUCUUUCUCGCGUUGUUCAGUCGCCUGCUUUACAAGACAAAUCGUUCUGUCUGUGUGUUUGAACUCACAUUGUCUAAUGGUGAUGAUCUAGUCUAGUAAUUUAUUAUUGUAUUACUGUUUCACUAGGUUCUCUGCUUUUUCAUCCUUUCUUGGAACUAUUUAUGUUCUUGUUAUUCUGUCUCCUUUUUUAUUGUAUAAAUUUCAUCAAUGUCUAGGUACUGAUCGAUUUCUCCGAGCUACAUCAUAUGCAGCAUUUCUUUGCAAUAACACACUUUAUACUGCUCCUCAGCAGAAAUGUCA